AUGUCUUGCCAUAUCAACGAAACAGUUUUUACAAACUUUAAUCUGUUUAUUUUGGAUAGCAAACCCACCAAAAAGUAUAACUAUAAAGAUGAAAAAAAUAUUUGUUUAGCUAGUGAAAACGGUGAAGAUUCGUCCAAUCAAGAAAGUACAAUUUUGUCGUGCCCAAUUGUUUCAUGCCAUUUUAAAGGAUAUCUAAAUAUUUUGCAAGCUCAUUUAAUGCAAAAGCACUACUCCGAAGUUGUUUUCAACAAAGAAGUUACAAGAAAUUGUUCGGAUAAAGAUCAACAAUGGACUAUGAUGUGCUUUAAUAGCGUAUUUCAAUGCAAGUAUUACUUUUACGAGGAAUUUGUUGAAAUAUUUAUCAGUCAGAUAGAUAUGCAAGAAAAGACGUAUGGAUAUGAGGCUACAAUGUUAUCCAACAAAAAUUGUAUCACAAAAACAACAAAAUGUAGAAACUUUAGUAAUUCUAUUUUGGAGAAAGGAAUUACUUUUAAUGUUAGUGACUUUGUUAGUUCAAACAGGGAUAUUGCGCUAAAAAUUAAGUUAAGGAUUUUUGUGUAUGAGUAA